CUAGUCUUCCCAGCUGCAUUUGUGAGGUCAAUCUUCAUCGGUGGCUCCAGUCAACCGGUCACCUCUCUCUCUCUCUCUCUCUCUCUCAUACACGCACACACACACACAGAGUUAGGUCUUCGUUGGAACCUCUUUUUGUGGCGUUGGAAGCUUGUUGGGUUCUGCUCAACAGCAACUUUUUUUGAAGAUUCUUGCUUAAUGGACCACCAAUCACGAGUACCAAAAGUUGGCACCUGGGGAAGUGCAGAAAAUGUUCCCAAUACUGCUCGUGUUGAUAGUGCCAGGAAUGGUAAGAAAGGCGACAAGAUCAAUCAAAAUGAUCCUCAAGAAACUCUCGAGGUUGAAGCAAAACGUGAUAUAAAUAGACUCACUUCUUCUCCGUUGCAUUAUGAAAACAGAGAGCAGAGAACUACUAGUAAUUCAACUCAUCAUCAUUAUGGUGAUACGCAUACGAGGGUCCCACAACAGAAUAUAGGAUAUGAUCGCAGUAUUGAACAGUCUCCACUGCACCCACAGUCCCAGGCAAGGGUUGGACGAAAAGGCAGUGCAGUUUCUUCUCCCUCUUGGAAUAAAAAGGGUACAUCUGAAGGUAGUCAUGGCAUAGCACCCUCCACUCCUGGAAGAUCUCGGUUGAGAUCAGUUACACGAGGCGAUGAAACUCCGGAUGACAGCCCUGCCGUUCCUAAAUUUGGUGAAUGGGACGACACUGAUCCUGCAGCAGCAGCAGGGUAUAGUGGCAUAUUUACCAAAGUAAGAGAAGAGAGACAGAGUGGAGGAGGAAGGGUUCCUGCCAUGCCAACUGAAACAUCUUUCUCCAAUGUUCAAAGCCGAUAUGGAAAUGAAAAUCAAAAGGGAUGUUGGUGCUUUCCGUGGAGAAAAAGAUGAUCAAUGACUUUGUAUGCAGAUGAAUGGCAAGCAAGAAAGGCAUGUAGAUACGUACUGUAAGGCUACGGUUUGUAUAGAGUGUUACUUUAGUAAGAACGUUGGUCACAUUUGGUUUUUCUGCUGGAAGAAUUAUUUUCUCAAAACAUCAUUCUAUUCUCCUUAAUUUCAUUCUCCUAUUUAAUUUGGCCUUUCUCCUAUUUGCACAGUGUUUGUAGUCUACUUACCCUGUAUUAUGUGAUGGAUUAUUUGAUGUAAAUUCAUGUUACUCUGGUCUAUGACAAGCAUUUCCUCUACGGUACCCUUAAUGUUUAAA